AUGAAAGCAAAAGCAAUCGAGAUAAGAUGGCACAACACAAAGCCAAUCUACUCCACCGACUUCCAGACCAUCCCCCCCUCGAACCUCAACUCACUCAUACCCAGCAGAUCCCAUCCUUACCUGCAGUCUGAAGCCCACAAGCAGGUCCAACAACUGGAAUCUGAGAUCGGAUGCGGUCAAGUUUGGCGAUUGGCAACGGCUGGAGGGGAUAACCUCGUCAUGAUGUGGCUCGUUUAUCCCAAACCAACGAUGGCCCAAGUUAACCAACACCGGAACGCUUACCAGUCAACCGGCCAACCCACCCCCCCACCACUCGAUCCAAAAUCAUUCCUCGAUCACAAGUAUAGCCACCCUCCAAUCGUAGAAUACCUCGCCACUCUUACCAAGCAUCAAGGUGUUGUCAAUGUCGUGAGGUUCUGCCCCAGAGCUGAAAUGUUGGCCUCGGCUGGUGACGACGGGAACGUAUUACUUUGGGUGCUCUCCACCAACUCGAUACCUGCUGCUUUUGGCGAGUCGGCUGCUGACAAGGCUUAUGAGCGCGAAAGCUGGAGGACUAGAUUGAUGCUGCGCGGACCAGCUCAGUGUGAAAUUUAUGAUCUGGCGUGGUCGCCAUGUGGGGAUUUCCUCUUGACUGGGGAUACCGCUAAGACGGCAAGAAUUUGGAAUGUCACAGAUGGCUCUUGCAUUAAGCAAAUAGCCGAGCACUCUAAUUUCGUUCAAGGAGUCGCAUGGGAUCCAUUGGGUGAAUACAUUGCCACUCAGAGUAGUGACCGCUCGAUGAACGUAUACUCGGUCCAACUUCAUAAGGACGAAAGUGGUGGAGCCACAGCAGAGGUUCAUCACGUUGCAAAAAAUUAUAAAAUCGAUCUCUUAAAUCAGCAAGCUACCACCUGGAGUAGCUUCCACAACUUCCACCAUGAGAAGGAUGAUCUUAACACCUCCAGCGCUCGAUCACUCGCUACAAGUACCAGUGUCGACAACCGCAGCGAUACAUCAGCGCCUACCUCUGUUACCUCUGUCCAAACCCCUAAGCCUAAAUUACCUCAUCAAACAGUAUCGAAUACAUCCAGUGUUGCUCAAUCACCCUCUCAUCAUCCAUCUCCCCAAGUCAAUCCGGGUAGUCAAGUGCCCUCAGUUCCGCCCACUCCAACUACAGCGACAAGCACCAUGCUGAACGAAGACACCAGCAUGCAGCCACCCACCGAGAUCCCGCAUCAUACCAGUUUGAGCUCAAUAUCCACCCCUCACGUUCGCAAUCUAUCAAAUUCCCGACAGUCCUCUGUGGUUUCCAGUCAAGCCAUGUCUCCCUCCAGCCGACCCAUCCGAUCACCUUCACCAGUCCCCCCAUUACCCGCAAUUCACGUAAAUGAGGAAAAGCGGAGUAGUUCGGUAUUACUGUAUGGUGAUGAGGGGGCCAGUGCGUUCUUCAGAAGGCUGACCUGGAGUAAUGAUGGUUCAACGUUGAUCACACCGGCAGGACGAUGGGAGAAUCGAUUUACAAAAUCUGAAACGGAGAAAAAAUCUAGUAAUAAGGGCAAAGCGAAGGAGAUUGAGCGGGGAGCGGGCGCGGACACCAAGAAACGUCGAAGACGGCGGACAGCUACGAAUGACUUGAUCAUUGAAUCGGACGAUGAAGCCGAUCAGGCUGGUGGACAAGAGCAUGAGAAGGACAGUCCAACUGUGUUUGUUUACGGCAGAGGAGCGAUCAGUGCAACUAGUGGGAAUGCCCAGUCAUGCCAACCACUGGCGCGAUUACCGGGGCAUAAGAGCAGUAGUGUAGCCAUCCGGUUUUCGCCAGUCAUUUACCGCUUGAAAGCUCUCAAAUCAGCCGCCGGGUCCAAGAAGUCAGGUCAACUGGCCCCUCCCGUUCAGGUCGAAUUGGCGCAGGGAUCUCCGAUGCAAGAAAUCGAUUUGAACAAACCUACAUCUCACCAUCAUCGUACCCAGGCUCCCAACCCAGGCGAUGAGCCGGUCGGGAUAUUCAACUUGCCUUACCGCAUGAUCUAUGCCGUCGCUACUCACGAUACUGUCUACAUUUAUGACACACAACAAUCGUCGCCAAUCUGCUUAUUCAGCAACCUCCAUUUCUCGAGUUUUACAGACUUGUCGUGGACUAACGAUGGAGAGACGUUAGUGUUAAGUUCGAGUGAUGGAUAUUGUUCACUAGUGAUUUUCGACAAGGACGAGCUGGGCGAACGGUUAACAGACGAAGAAAUCCAGACGCAUUUGCCUGCCAAGUUCUUGCAGAACAUGAUCAGAAAAGAGGAGGAACGGUUGAUGUCGGCUAACCACCCAGUCACCCCGGUCCUGAUCAGUCCUCGCAAUCGUGACCAGAGCAGUAGUAGCGCGAUCGCCAGUACUCCAAGACAGUCCGCCAAACGCGACGUUGGGGAUACGGCUGGCGCGGAUCUCCCCGUCGCUCCAUCGACUACCUCUCAACCAGACACUUCUACCGACGGUCUUCCGCAGAAAAAAAAGAAAAGAGUCGCGCUCACUUACGAGGGGCCUGUCAAGGGCUAA